ACGUGUUUCUUUUUUUCCAGUCCUCCAACAUGGCGGCUGCCAGGAGGUUGAAACGCGUGGUGGCUUCACAGCCAGGAUUUUUAAAUUUAAAGCCCAGUUUGGACUCCGCAGACUCGGUCAGCAGUCGGAGAAAACGCGUGAACAAGAAUAAGAAGAAGAACUGGAACAAACACAGCGACAUAAACGAUGUAGAGGAGUUUUUAGACGACAUCAGGCACCAGGAGAGGACCACAGGGGGUCUGCUGUCUGAGAAGUCAGAUGACAGUUUGUUCUUUUUGGAUGUUGGACAACCGAAGAAAGCUGAACCGAAGGCAGCGGAAUCCGAUAACAGAAAGGUGAAGACGAGAAAAGGGAAAGCGUCACGUCCUCUGAGGAUAGACCUGAUCCUGCAGCACGACUCCCUCGUUCCACCACCUAAAGAUGUGCUGGCCUACCAGCAGCCAAAUGCCAAGAAACUUCGUCGCAUUGCCCAGAAAGCUGAGCAGCUGGCAGCCAAAGGCGUGGUGCCACGGAGGCAGAGACAGCUGCUCAACAGACGGCCAGUCGCCAGGAAGGCCAAGAUGGCAGUGACAGAGGCCAACAACAACCCAGACAGAGAAUAUUACGACAUAUGGGAACAAGAACCAAAAACUUCAGCUGACCCCUGGUAUCUUCACCAAACUGGCAAGAAGGCUGUCAAGCGUCCAGCGAAGUUGAACGAGAAGCCGUCUGUGCUCCCGGCUGUGGAGGUGAUCGCCCCCGGAGGAUCCUACAACCCAGACUUCUUCUCACACCAGGCCUUGCUGCAGGAGGCCCAUGAGGUGGAGGUAAAGAAACAAAAGGAGGAAAACAAAGUAGAGAGACAGUUGGCUGUCAACAAAGAAGACACAGCAACAGAGGAGACGAUCUUAAGAGAGCAGGUGGAAGGUCUGGUAGAAGAAGAGGAUGAAGAAGAAGCGGCUCCUAAUGAGGAAGAGGAGGAUGCGGCAGUGGGAGCCAUCACACUGGCAGAGAAGAAGACUGAGAGACAGAGGAAGAGAGAGAAGGCUGAAAAAAUAAAAGAGCAGCAGCGGUUGGCUGAAAGACAUCAGACUGACCAGCGGCAGCAGCUCUUCCAGCUUCGAUCGAUUAAGUCGUCCAUUAGACAGCAGGAGCAGAGAACCGAGGGCAAACAGAAACUGCGCAAGGCCAAGCAGGAGGCCCAGAAAAGCCAGCCCAGACGCCUUGGCAAACUCAAGUUCCAGGCUCAGGACCUUGAGGUUCAGUUGAGUGACGAGCUGGCCGGCUCCCUGCGAAGACUCAAGCCAGAGGGCAGCGUCCUCAAGGACCGCUUCAAGAGUCUGCAGAAGAGGAACCUGAUCGAACCCAGAGAAAGAGCCAAGUUCAAGAGGAGACACAAGCUGAAGUAUGUGGAGAAGAGGGCUUUUAGAGAGAUCACUUAGUGCUGAUCCACAGACCACAGGAGCUGAGAACCAGAAGCAUUUAAAGCCACAAGUGCAACAUAAUGGAGCUGUGUAUAUACAACUUAAUGACUGUUGAGGGCCUGCUUGUCCCUCUCAGACAAUUACAACUUCUAACAAAUAUAUAUGUCAUUGAUAAUUGUGAUAUAUAAACUUAUAAAAUGUGCUUGAA